UAUCUUUCGAGCAUAUGAAAAGACGCGAGACACUUCUAAGUUUCGUACCAGCAAAUUUCUUUGAUCGUUUUUGUUAUUAUUUUCCACUGCUGACACAUGUUUUUUCCGCCGAUCGUAAGUUUGCGCAGAACCAGAACGCGGUUGACAACUGUGUACACGCACAAUCAAUUCUGUACAGAAAUAUUUAGUCAUCGUUCAGGAACCCUGCAGGCUUCGUCAUGGAAAUGCUUCGAAUCAUUUUCAACUCAAUUUUUUUCGCCCACCUGACGCCUGUAAUAAUUUGCGUUACAUCACCAUCCCUUCCUUCGACCGAUUCAAACGAAGUACUGGAAGAAGCCCUGACGAAUUUCAAGAUGGAAGUGAAAUCCGCGAUCGUUGAAGCUCAGACAGCGAUUACAAAAUUCGAGAAUUUGUUUGGGAACAUGGAAAUAUCCGCCAUGACGCUUCAGAAAAACAACAGUGAUAUCGUAAACGAUACUCUGACAUUGUUUGGAAAACAAAUGAACACUCUUUUAAUGGCUGACAAUGGAAUCGAUGUGAACGAAUGCGCAGCGUUGGGCUUUAGUGUCGAAUCGAGAGCGAUAGAAAUUCUCCUCGACACGAACACCUGUGUUCAUAAGAAGCUUGAAAGAACUGAACGUUACACGGAAGCGACAAUUUCGUCGUUAAGGUGCGAAAUCGGCCGUCUAAAUUCCCUCGUCAAUAUCGCUGAAGACAUUUUUACGGAUGCGAUGGAAAGCAAGGAGGCUAAGGCAGUUCCCCAGGCUUUAGAUUUUCUAAAAUCCGCGCAACAUUUUUUUCAGGCUUCAUUUGAAUCUCGCGCCUUCGCUGAACGAACAUUUUCAACAUUGUCGGACGCAGCUUCUAUUUUUUUCCAAAUCAACAGUCACAUGAUCGCGAAUUGCGGAUUCGCCGCGACCAUUUUCUGCUUCAUAGAUGACGCGCAGAUCGCCUUGUCUGAAAUCGAGGCCUGCAUUACCGACGUGAAUUCAAUCGAUGGAAACUUCUCGGGAAUUCAAUAAGUUUUCGGACUAUGACGGUUAAUACGAUCGGCUUGACAGAAAGAGAUUCGGCUUAACAGAAUCGCGAGCAAGCAAUUCGCAUGCCGGACAACAGAUCUAAUCAGUCUUAAGUGAUUAAUGGAAAUAAGCACGCGUGCAAUUUCAUUCGCCAGACGUGAAAGGAAUCCGUUCGUCUCGCUAAGCUGUUAAACAUGUAACGUCAGUGAACGGAAGCGUAAGACUGAAGUGAAAUUAAGUUAGCGCAAAUAAAAAAAAAGAAAAUAAAACACAAUUAGUUAAUUUGCUCAAAUCAACCGCAAGAUUGUGGAUAGCAAUUAAAUUAGAAACACAAUACGACUCAGCGUCGGUAAAGUGACUUUUAAGUAAGUAUCGCCAGAAUUUUUUACCAAGCAUUAGAUUCGAUUGCAUUGCAUAUCAUUCGUGAAAUCUUGUUGUGAAUAUUAUUAAUGAAACUAAAUGUGUUGUAGAUAAUUAUUAGCUGUCAACGAACUUGCCGCAAUCUCAAUUUCCGCGAUAAAUCUUUCAUUUUUUUUAUACAUCUCAGCUGAUUGCAAUAUACGUAAAUGACAGAACAAUCAAUAUCGUCGUUGGGUUAUUUAACAUUAACUAACACAAAUUAAAACAGAUAAUAAAAACAUCCUAGAAACUCAUCGACUUCAUUUAUCGUGACUAUUGGAAUAAAUUUAACAGCGUGUCAUCGUUUCUGGCAUGUUAUUAUGUGUAUAGUAAAAUUCUCCUCAUAACUUAAUCGUGCGAACUGAAAUGACCAGUUAAAACAAUUCAAAUAAUUUAUUAUACUUCUUUCCUACUUUCGCCAAGUAUUGUAUUCAGUGGAACUACAAUUAACCCGAACUUUGGCGCACGUAGUUAUGUUUUUAAAUGACUAAUUUUGCUUUCCAAAUUAAACGAGCUAAACUUUGUAAUUGUAA